UACAACCGUUAGAUCCAGCAAGCAGAAGGCAGCAUGUCCUCCUAUAGUGCAAAUGCCCUCCUCACCCCAUCCCUCCCCAUCACAAGGAAGAAGAAGAAGAGACACGUCAUCAUCACCUUCACCACCUCCCGAUCCCACGUCAGCCCUAGAAUGUCCCUCCAACAACCACUCACCGCCAUCACCAAGCUCCUCUGGGGCAACUCCCUCCCUCCCCAACUCCUCAUCUCCACCGUCCGUUCCACCUGGUCCGCCACCUGGCACCUCCUCAUGUCCCAGCUCGCCCCCUCCGAUCCCUCCGGCCGUUACUCCAGACCCCCCUCCCAAUUCCCCGCCAAUUUCAACUCUCUCCAAUUUUCCCGCCAAAACCCUAGCUCCCUCCACCUCUAUGUGGCCUUGCCCUGCCCUUGGGCUCACCGAACCCUAAUUGUCCGAGCCCUCAAGGGCCUCGAGAACGCCAUUCCGGUGUCGAUUGCAGCCCCGGGGACCGAUGGUUCAUGGGAAUUCAAGGAUGGAGCUGCCCCUGAUGGGGAUACGUUUGUCCCUGGUUUGGAUAAGGCCAAUGGGUGCAGAACACUGAGGGAGGUUUAUAGGCUAAGACGAGGCGGGUACAAUGGGCGGUCCACGGUGCCAAUGCUGUGGGAUGUAGAGAACAAGGAGGUUGUGUGCAAUGAGAGUUAUGACAUAAUUCAAUUGUUCAACUCCGGGUUGAAUGGGUUGGCGAGCAGCCCGGCUUUGGACUUGGCACCACCGGCCUUGAAGGAGAGGAUUGAGGAGUGGAAUCGUGUGAUAUACCCUGGUGUUAACAAUGGGGUUUACAGAUGUGGAUUUGCCCAAAGUCAAGAAGCAUAUGACAUGGCAGUGAACGAGUUGUUUACUACAUUGGACAUGUUAGAUGAUCAUUUGGGCAGAUGCCGCUACUUGUGUGGAGAUAUGCUUACUCUUGCAGACAUUUGCCUCUUUACUACUCUGGUUCGUUUCGAUCUUGUGUACAACGUUCUUUUCAAAUGCACGAAGAAGAAGCUUCUUGAGUAUCCCAAUCUUCAUGGAUACAUGCGAGACAUUUACCAGAUUCCUAAGGUUGCAGCAACUUGCAAUUUUCAAGCAAUUAUGGAUGGGUAUUACGGGAUUCUUUUUCCGCUGAACCCAGGCAGCAUACGGCCAACCAUGCCGUCGGGUUGUGAGCAUGAGGCCCUCAUCAGACCUCAUAACAGGGAAUCCUUGUCUUCAGUUGAUCAGAGUAUGGCCGCCCAUGUUUCAUGAGGGUGCCUACCUAUACAUUAUACUUGUAGAUCAGUUUCUUGUAUUUGUAUGUAGUCGAAAAUUCAGAUAUAUAAUUCACCUUCUUAUGAAGUGUUAUGCUUUACAUCA